AUGGUCCAGAUAUCACAUGGAUGUCAAGAACAUCAUAAAUGGUUUAAGAAGUGUUUAUAUGAGGCAAUCAAACCUGCGACCAAGAAAAAGUUUGCCGUUGUCCGAGGAGAGCUCAAGAAUGAAACAGAAACAGAAAUCAUAUUUCCUCCAGAAUGUGACGGUCAAGAUAUAUGUUAUCAUAAACCGAAGAACUAUCCAGAACAUAAAUUCCUUAGCGUUGUAAAGGACUUGAAAAAGCAACCGUUUGGAAUCAGAGUCAGGGAUUUGUUGCAUCCGGUCGUACAAACUGACCACUAUAAACAGGAAAUAACAGAAGUGAAAUGCAUAAAAGAAUCAUCAUCAUGCAUGGGUGGCGUACUGAACACAGUACUGUACAGUGCAACAUGUGCUACCAAGUAUAGUGAAAUACAAUUACACACAUUGAAUCCCAAGACUAACCAGCUAGAGAAAAGUACCGCAAGAAUUGCUGUUUGGUGUUAUUGUAAUAUUGUUAACAGUAACGAAUAA